AUGUCUUCGUCCGUCGUCGAAGCCACCGCGGAUGCUUCACCGCAUCUCCGCGUGUCCGCAUCCAAGAAGAGCCAGGCUCCGCAAACCACCUCCGACAAAACAGAGCCUUCUACCAGAAUCGAUCCUCCAGAAGCCUCCGCGGUCGAUGAUCACUUCUUUUGGACAUACACAGAGGAGCCGCAUCGCUCCAGGCGACAAGCCAUCAUCAAAGCUCACCCGGAGGUUACCAAGCUCUGCGGACCAGAGCCCCUGACCAAAUAUGUCGUUCUGGGCGUCGUCUCCCUUCAGAUCCUCUGCGCCUACCUGCUCCGCAACACGUCCAUGUUCGACUGGAGAUUUCUCGCGACUGCAUACGUGAUCGGAGCCACCUCGAACCAGAACCUCUUCCUCGCCAUCCACGAGAUCUCCCAUAACCUCGCCUUCCGGUCUGCUAUGGCCAACCGUCUCUUGGCCAUCUUCGCCAAUAUCCCGAUCGGUUUGCCCUAUAGCGCUGCAUUCCGGCCCUACCAUCUCACCCACCACAAGUCCCUCGGUGUCGCAGGCCUAGAUACCGACCUUCCCACCGCCGUCGAAGCCUUCCUCCUCGACUCCCUUCUAGGAAAGGCAUUCUUCUGCACCUUCCAGAUCUUCUUCUACGCCGUCCGCCCCAUGUUCAUCUACAGCCCCCCCUUCACCUCCAUUCACGUCCUGAACCUGAUCACUCAGCUCACCUUCGACUACGCUUUGACCAAGUUCUGCGGCGGCUCCCUCCAACCUCUUCUAUACCUCCUUCUGAGCUCCUUCCUAGCCGGCUCUCUCCACCCCUGUGCCGGCCACUUCAUCGCAGAGCACUACUUCUUCUCCCGCGUCGACCACGGUACCGAGUCUAUCCAAGAGCAGAAGAACAACCAGAAGAAGUCCCACCCUCUCGACUCCCUUCCCCCACCGGAAACCUACUCCUACUACGGCCCCCUCAACUUCUUCACCUACAACGUGGGCCUGCAUAACGAACACCACGACUUCCCCGCUAUCCCCUGGACAAGACUGCACGAGCUCCACCGCAUCGCUAGCGAAUUCUACGAGCCCCUCCCCUGCCACCACAGCUGGGUGUGGGUGAUCUGGACAUUCAUCCUGGACAAGAACGUCGGCAUGUGGUGUCGGGUUAAGCGUGCGCAGGGCGGUCGUCUCGUUGGUGGUGGUGGUGGUGGUAGCGGACGCGCAGGUGAAAGCAUCUCGGCUUCGUCGGCUGGUCCGGAAGGGGAGUCGGGAGAUGGGUGGAAGGAGAGUGAGAUUCAGAAUUGA